CAGUCUAACCUGUCGCCUGUUUGUUGUUCGUUCUAUGGUGGGAAUUCUUCAGCGAUCUAUCUAGUGACUUGACCCGGUUUUCAAGAGAUUCUAAGUAUUCAUAAAGCCUUAAUUCCUUGUCAUGUAAAUCAUGGUUGGAUGUACGAUCCUCUGCAUGUGCCGGUGCACGGAUAUUUCGCCGCAGAAACUGUGAAGUUUGGCCAUAGAAUGGGUAAUAUUCAUUGCUGUAUUUUGCCUUCACCUCGAGGGCCUUUAGAGAGAAAUGAACCGUAUGGCAGUGGAACAGACAAACUGGAUACCCUCGAACUACCACAUAUAAGUGAAAGGGAAGAUCUCUCGAAUCACCCUGGCACGUUGUUCAUACAGCGUUCUAUUUCGAAUCCAGGUAAUGGCAGUCGGGGGCUUGCUGAUCGAAGGACUGUAUCAAUGAUUGGUGACUCACAGAGACGGAAUGGUAACAAAGCGGAUAUUAUACCUGGCAAGGGGCUAAAGAAAUGUAACUCCUGCUCUACAAUAUUUAUUGAUGACAGCACUGUGUCACAGCCUAAUUUGAAGUCUACCAUUAAAUGUGUAUCUUUAGCUGUAUAUUACCAUAUAAAGAAUAGGGAUCCAGAAGUCCGGACAGUUGACAUAUUUGAUGAAAAACUGCAUCCGCUUAUGAAUGACCCCGUGCCUAAUAACUACGAUAAAAUAGAUCCAGAGCAAAGACAUAUCUACAAAUUUAUCAAGACUCUGUUUCACGCUGCCCAACUUACAGCAGAGUGUGCAAUUAUAACUUUGGUUUACUUGGAGAGAUUAUUGACAUAUGCAGAGAUAGAUGUGUAUCCAGGAAACUGGAAGAGGAUUCUGUUAGGAGCUAUACUACUUUCAUCCAAGGUCUGGGAUGACCAAGCAGUUUGGAACGUAGAUUAUUGUCAAAUUUUAAAGGAUGUCACUGUAGAAGACAUGAAUGAAUUGGAAAGGGCGUUUUUAGAAUUUUUGCAAUUCAAUAUUAAUGUUCCAUCAAGUGUAUAUGCCAAGUACUACUUCGACUUGAGAAGUUUAGCGGAUGCCAAUGAUCUAAUGUUCCCGCUUCAACCUUUGAGCAAGGAAAGGGCCAAGAAACUCGAGGCCUUGUCAGUUAUAACUGACACCCGACUUGAUGAUCUGGCAUCCUCGUCGCUCAAGAGAUCUGCUAGCCUGGAUCAUCUUAAUCCCCACAGAGGGAGUUUUGCGAUUAUAUCCUAGCACCCUUGGAAACAAGUCAAUCGUGCCUGACACUGGAUAACCGUGCCAAACCACAGCAACCAUCACAGUCAUCAUCUGCUAAAGAUGUGUGACAUCUUCUUGUUCGCUGCGAGGUUGCUGAGAACUUGCAAAUGAAUCUGAAGAUGCAAAUAUCAAAGAUAAAAAGCAAGCAUUAGAUGCAGACAGUGCUUGGAGGUGUCUUGAGUCCACUAGCUUCUGUGAUUUGAGACGAUGAUGUCGUUGUCUUGAUCGUCACCAAGUUCCUCCUAGAAAAAUCAUGAAGACAACCAAAGUACCCUAAAGGCAGUGUAUAGCCUUAGUGGCCAGCUUAAAAUAAACUUUACAGGAGACAAUUGGGGUUAUGGUGGUACUCUCGGGGUUGGGCUCUUCAUGGCAUUAAAUAGCGGGAUUCUGCCAUUUACUGUUUAAUCCUAAACUCAGUGCUCAAAUGUUGCUUCUUAUAGGAUGAAAUUUUCUAAAUCAUUCUUCCAUUCUUACUAAAUUAAUUAUAAAAGAAGUUGUUAUCUUCUUUAGGUAUUUUUUAUAUCAUCCCCAUACUAAGAUCUUGAGAGUACCCCGUCCUCCGAGGAAUCUCGAUUACAACUAUAUGACAUGAAACACAAGUAGUACAUUACCACUUGUAAAAUAGAAAACCUCUUAAUCUAUUUUUUGCCUUUAAAACAUAAUACCAUUAAAAUAUGGAGGGCUGCGAGACAUUGGUAGAAUAACCUAGCAGGAUGUAGUUCGGGCAUCUUGUUUAGGGUUCUUGUUUAGGGACCUUGUUCAGGGAUCUAGUUCAGGGACCUCGUUCAGGGAAUUGGUUCAGGGAUCUUUUCCAGGCACCUAGUUCAGGGAACUGGUUCAGGGUUCUGGUUCAAGGAUCUUGCUUAGGCAAGGUUCAGCUGGGAUCUUAUUCAGGGAUCUAGUUUAGGGAUUUUAUUCAGGGAUCUGGUUCAUGAACUGGUUCAUCUUGCUCAGGCAGUUGAUCAUGCUGGUAACAAAUUACAACUGACCCACCCUA